AAUAAAAUCCAAAAUGCGGCUGUGCAUGUCGCCCUCUUCAUCAUCUUCAGCUCUCCCCCUCCCCUUCGCCACCUUCACCCACCACUGCCAUGACUUCUCUCCUUCCUCACCUUCACUGCCAUCCUCUGCGCCGCCUCCAAAAUCCUGCAAACAGCUCAAGUCUCCUCCGAAAGCCAAAACAAUCCGGUACCGUCUCAGCCAGCUCUGCCGCGAAGGCCAGCUCACUCUCGCUCGCGAGGUGUUCGACGCAAUUCCUAAACCAACUACUGUUCUCUGGAACACAAUUAUCAUUGGGUUCAUCUGUAACGACUUGCCCAGUGAAGCGAUCCUGUUUUACUCCCGCAUGAAACAUUCGGGGUUGUCAUCCACUUGUGAUUCAUACACUUUUUCUUCCACUCUCAAAGCCUGCGCCGAUCUGAAGCAGCUUUUGAUAGGUAAAUCCGUACACGCCCAUAUCAUUCGUUCAGGUAUUUACCCUAGCAAGAUCCUAUACAAUUCUCUCUUGAACAUGUAUGUAACAUGUCUGAGCUCAGCAAAUGACAGUGAUCAUGUUUUGGUGGAAAGGGUGUUUAAUACAAUGCGUCACAGGAGCGUGGUUUCCUGGAAUACUAUGUUUUCCUGGUAUAUGAAAAGAGAGAGUUUCCUAGAAGCAGUAAGAAAUUUCGUUUUGAUGCUUAAAAUGGGCAUCCAACCGUCUGUCAUCAGUUUUGUAAACAUUUUCCCUUCUGUUUCUGCAAUGGGUGACACUAGGUUUGCCGAUAUUCUAUAUGGGAUUCUUGUAAAAUCGGGUACUGAAUUUGUAAAUAAUAUGUUCAUCGUGAGUGCAGCUAUUUUAAUGUAUGCUGAGCUUGGCUGCCUUGACACAGCAAGGAGUAUAUUUGACUCUAGUUUAGACAGAAACGUAGAGACAUUAAACUCCAUGAUUAGCGGGUAUGCUCAAAGCAAUUGUCCUCUAGAAGCAUUAGAUGUCUUUCUUGAAGCUAUGGAGGCUGAAAAUGCGUCUUUCUUCGAUGACGUAACUUUUCUUUUAACACUAAACGCAGCUUCACAGCUUAACUAUUUGAAGUUCACUCAGCAGCUACAUUCAUAUUUGGUCAAGAGCUCUCUAGUUUCACGCGUUGUUCUACAAAACUCCAUCAUUGCCACAUAUUCAAAGUGUAACUGUAUUGGCGAUUCGUUUAAACUCUUUAAUGAAAUGGAGGGAAGAGAUGUUGUUUCCUGGAACACAAUCGUUUCUUGUUUUGUGCAGAAUGGGAAUGAUGAUGAAGGUUUGAUGCUCUUAUAUGAUAUGCUAAAGCAAGGAUUUGCUAUUGAUGCCAUCACAGUUACUGCUUUACUUUCGGCAGCUUCAAAUUUGAGGGACAAGGAGAUCGGUAAGCAGACACAUGGUUAUCUUCUGAGACAUAAUAUUCAAUCCGAAGGGAUGGACAGCUACCUAAUAGAUAUGUACGCCAAGACUGGCAUGAUGAAGGAAGCAAAAUCAGUAUUUGAGUCAAACUUACCAAAGAAUAGAGAUCAGGUGACAUGGAAUGCUAUGAUAGCUGGUAACACACAGAAUGGGUUAAUUGAGCAGGCAUUUCUCAGCUUCAGGGAGAUGAUUAAGCAGAGAAAGGAUCCAAAUGCAGUGACCUUAGCAUCAAUUCUCCCUGCGUGUAGUCAAUUAGGGGGUAUAACAGCAGGUAAGCAGAUCCAUGGUUUUGCUGUUCGCAACUUUUUGGACAUAAACGUUUUUGUGAGUUCUGCAUUAGUAGACAUGUAUGCUAAAUUAGGUGCUGUUUUCUAUGCCGAAAGUGUUUUUCUGAACUCACGAGAGAAGAACUCUGUAACAUACACGAAUAUGAUUUUAGGCUACGGUCAACAUGGGAUGGGGGAGAAAGCUUUAAAACUUUUCUAUUCUCUUCCGGUCCAAAGUGUCAAACCAGAUGCAAUUACAUUCGUAGCAAUCUUGUCCGCCUGCAGCUACUCUGGGUUGGUUGAUGAAGGACUUCAAAUAUUUGAAUCAAUGGAGAAAGAAUAUGGGAUUGAUCCCUCUCUUGAGCACUAUGCUUGUGUUGUGGACUUGCUAGGAAGGGUUGGGAGGGUAGUUGAAGCGUACAAGUUCCUUCAGGGGCUUGGCAAAGAAAAGACUACAUUUGGAAUGUGGGGAUCCCUUCUUGCUGCCUGCAAAAUCCACAGAAACUUUGACUUAGCAAAAAUCGUUUCUAACAAGUUAUUUGAAUUCAAGGGUGGUGGGGGCAGGAUGACGGGUUAUCAUGUUCUGAUUUCAAAUAUGUACGCGGAGGAAGGAAAUUGGAACUUCGUGAAUGGUGUGAGAGGAGGACUGCGUGAGAAGGGGGUAGUAAAAGAAGUUGGUUGCAGUUGGAUUGAUAUUUCUGGUUAUACAUGUUUUGUUUCAAGAGAUCGCAGGCAUCCAGAAUGCAAUGUCAUAGAUGAAAUGUUGGAAAAUUUAUUUACUAAUAUGAAGGACAUGGGUCAUAGUUGUCAGCUUGAUGCUAUACAAGAAUGGAACUAUGGGUCAAUGGAACAGAAUUGAAAAAUCUACUCAAAACACAGGGUAACGGAAUAGAAUCGAAAAACCUUAAGCAUGGGUCAACAGAAUAGAAUCGAAAAACUUACUUAUCUAGGAGUUGUCCUACUAGAAGUGGAGUUCAAUUUGUAUCACUUUGGGAACGACAUUGUGAGGUGCAAUGACUUUUCUUUAUCAUUUUGAAUUCUUGUUCAAAAUGUGUGCACUGCCGACUGCCUAGUUGAAUAUGUAAUCAUCUGUUUGGUUUAGCCAUGAAAUAGAGAAGAUUGAAAUGACUGAGAAAGACAUAGGUGAGAUAAAUAGUGGACUUGAAAUGUUUUUUUAUAAACCAGGUGUGGGAGCUUGUGCUUUCAUAUCUUGGUAAACCCGGUGAUAGAGUCUCGUUUAUCGACCCCAAAUCCUCUAGACAGGUAAAUCUGCACACUAUCGCAUAUAGCUUUUGUUGGUACUCAUUACAUCGGAUGAAUCGAAUAAGACUUGCAUCACCUACACUACAAGACUACUCAUCCCACCACACGAGAAUGUAAUGAGAUUCAUGGAGAGCAAGACAUCUCACAAAGGAAAGAUUUAGUGGUGGGUGACCAAUCAAGUGAACCACAUUACCAACCCAGGUUGGUGUAUUCUAUCUGAAUAAAUCAUACAAGUAUACCAUUAGGAUACACAUCAACUUGAGCUUUCCAAAUUUGAGAGUGAAAUCAGAACAAGAGGCUUAAUCCAAAAUGUCAUAGUGGAAAAGCCUGGGAAAAAGGAGAAAUUGGCAAUGUGAAGGAGAGCAAAAAGGAGUUUAAACUUUAAAAAAAAUUGAUUGUUGUCGGCUUUUGGUAUCACGUAUGGAAAGUGAGUCUGUAUACCAUACGGCUUGCACGGUACAACUGGUAGCAUUUUGGUAAUUUAAGUGAAAUUCAUGAUUUCCGCUAAAUGUGCAUUAAUGCACGUCUAAUGAGCAUUAGAUCUAUUCUACUGAGUAUUGAGAGUCUAAUAAUG